AUGGGCCUAAAAGAGAAGGUCAUGGAUAUAAGAAGCCACUGGAUGUCCUUUGUUGCCAGUGAUCCCAUCAUCCUUCGAGGAUUUCUGCUUGCCGCAUGCCGCCAUCUAUCUUUGAUCGAGCUACAAGAUGAGUUUGCUGAUAUGGCUAUCUGGUACAAACUACGUUAUCUGCGAGGCGUGCAAGAAUCCAUGUUUAUAGAUGAAUCAUCCUCGCGACGAAAAGCUGUGUCGAUGACUAUCGUGUUGUCUUUCGAUGAAGUUAUGUGUGGAAACCAUUCGAUGGCUGCGAAGCACGUAUUGGGAGCUAUCAGUAUGAUAGAUGCGGCUGGGGGUAUCGAGGCUCUAGGGUUGAACGACGUGGUUCGAUACAUUCUCUGCAGUCUCCUUUUCGGGAAGAGACUGGUGGAUCGCAAUAGCGAGUUGUUUCUUAUGACAAAGUAUUUGACACCUGAUUCCAUAUGGCCGUAA